UCAUUGCCUACCACACCCUCUUUGCUUGUCGAGUUUUUUUUUUCCCUUGAAACUAACCUUCUAUCUGCCGUAAAAAUCCGAAUUUCCCGUUUUUUCAACUGUAGUAUUUUGAAAAUUAUUCUUAUAUCUACGUUGUAGGUGAAUAUUAAACAUUUUUUAUUUUAACCAGCCGCUUUGUAUUUCCGCUUUUUGACGCAAUAUGGCGGAUAAAAUACGGCGAAGUGACGAGGAGGAAGAAGAAAGCAAUAGUGAAGCGGAGGAGGGUGAAGAAGCAGCCGAGGCGGUAGCAGAUACGGCAGCGCGAACCGUGAUGGAGAAAAGGGUGGAAGAAAAUGAGCAAGAGACGGAGGUAGUGGCCUCGUCACCGACCCAGCCUUCUAAUUACCAGGCCGCAGGCUCUCCGGAAAAUAAAAGCAAAGAAGCUGCUCCUCCUUUAGUCCCAAGUUGUAGCGUCCCGACCCCAGUUAUUUCGCCUUCUGCACCUGGUAUUUCGCCGGGUAUAAAUCUGUUCGCUAACGAUGGUAGCUUUCUUGAACUCUUCAAAAAGAAAAUGGAGGCGACGUCUGCGGGGAGCAGCGACACAACAGAGAGCCGCGAAGCUGAAGAGAAGACCGCAGAGGCAGAGAAGAGGAAGCCCGUUAGCUUUGUGGGCAAGCGUAGAGGAGGGGCAAGGCUGGCCCUGAAGACCGGUAUGGUAGCAAAGAAGCCAAAGACGGAUGAAGAAGAGGUAAAAACAAACAAAGGAGGGGCCUGGGCACAAUAUAUGGCAGAAGUAAAAAAAUAUAAAGCCCAUCAGUGCAGUGAUGAUGACAAAACACGACCACUGGUCAAAUAACCAGGAGAGAACAAAGACUUGUUUGUAUUGCUAUACAGCCACUUGAGAUGGCCAAAAACUCCACUUCAUGAGCCUUUACAAGAGUAUUGUUUUCAAACCCCAUGGAUCCUUUGUACCUGAUGGCUCAUCUUGACAUGCUCCUUUUGAAUGUGGAAAAUUGCAAAUUAUUUUAAAAGAACUAUACCUACCUGAUAUUCAGUGUCUGGUCCAAGAGGAUAUAAAUGUUUAUUUUUAAUUUUCAUUUACCCCUUUUUGUUUUAUUGGUUUUUUUUUUUUUUGGUUUUUUUUUAUAGCUCCAAAUUCUGUUAUUGCCUAAGUGUUAUGUUAUAAAAGAGCAUUUAUUUCCAUUUUUAACUGCUCCAUGUAUUUUUUUUUUUUUUUUUUUUUUUUCCUUUUGGGGCAUGGAUUUUCUUCCAUUUGUUUUUGUAAGAAUGCCUGUGUUCAAGUAACUGUAAAAUAUUGUCUUAUUAAACACAACUUAGCAAUA